CCAGAUGUUUCUACAGCUGACGAGAAGCUUCUGUCGGGCAAUAAAUAGUAUCUGCAAUCCAGACAGGGGUAUUUCUCCAGGAUCGUUCAAUAACUUGACAGACUCAGAAUCUUGCAAACAUGGCAGAAGAUAAUCUAGAGCAAAGUGCGAACGAGGACUUCGAAGCAGGAAAAUAUAACGCAGCGGCUGAAAAGUACUCGGCUUUAAUCGCUGGAAAUCCGGGGUGUUCCGAGUACUAUCUGAAGAGGGGACAAUGUUACCUUAACUGUAAAAAGUUUAAAGAGGCGUUCAAAGACGCACAACAGGCUCUGAGUGCAGGAGAUAAUAGCAUAGAACUGACCUUGUUAGGAGGAAAAGCUGCCACCAAACAACAGUUGUUUCAGGACGCGUACAAUUUUUACAAAAUCGGAGUGGACAUAGACAACACGAAUCCAGAUUUGUCGGAGGGACUGAGGGACCUCCAGCAGGCCAUACUGGACGAAUAUGAGUUGGAGGGAGGAGAUGAUGAGGAUAAAGGGUACUCUGCGGUGGACUUCUGCUCUCAAGACCCAUACCCUGGGGAUGACAAACUCCUACAGAAAGAACAAGAGAUACUGGACGCCAAAUACAACAUCCAUGACACCGUUCCGUGGAAAGACUACAAAGAUGGUGGAGAAUUUAAAAAUCAAGCCUCAGAGUCCGCCAUAGCGGCACACAGUUUGAUGGUGGCCGGAAAAGUGGAGGAAGCCGUCCAAAAGUUCACAUUCGCCAUAGAAACGGAACCCAACAACGCCAUACUGAGACGCCUGCGGUCCGAGGCUUACUAUCUUAUUGAUGACAAGAUCAAUGCACUGCGAGACUUGUGGGUAAUCCCGAAAAAUCAAAGGAGAGUGGAAGUCUGGCGUCUAGGAGGUCAGAUCUUACACGACCUCAAUUUACCUAUUCAUGCUGAACUUUGGUUCAAGAAUGCUACACGGCUUACAGAUGGAAAAGACGAGGGUGUCAAAGUCCUGUUCCAGCGGACUCGUAUCCAGAGGUUAUACGCUCCAAUCUGCAAAGGCUUACCCAUCAAUGUGGAGUUUUCAGAUUUUGGUAAAUGUGUUGUUGCUGCGAAACCCAUUAAGGAAGGAGAUGAGUUGUUCAAAGAAAAACCUUUGAUAAUGGGACAGAUUAUGGACAAAGACAAUAAUUUCACGCUCUCUUGUGACAACUGUGCUGCUUCAAUUCUCACAGCAGAGGACUAUUUUGGAAGUAACUUGAAAACUAUGGAUCAGGACUUGAAGGAGUUGAUUGAGGAAUGUUGGCCAAGAAUUCCCUCUGUCACUUGCGAUAAGUGCAAGAAGGUCAGGUACUGUAGCGACGAGUGCCGGCAGCAGGCAUGGGUCACUCAACAUGAACUCAUCUGUCCUGCUAGAAACGAAGCCUCGAAAAAGCUUCAUGAAAUAGGACAAAAUCUUGGUCAUGGCGUCGCUCAGGAUGGCGUUUGGAAAGAUUUGUGGGAUGCUCGAUUCAGUCCAUUGUUUUUGGCAAGAAUCUGGUCCAGCAUCAUAUCAGCAGCCAAACACAUGAUGAAAGAAAGCGGUGAUACCAAGCCAACCGCAGAACAAUGGGCAAAGGCGAGGAGUCCCUUUAGAAAAUUCAUGGCCUUUGGUCACUCCUCGGCAGCGGAGAGCAUGCCCACAAUCCUGAACCUAAUGCGCGAAAUCUUCAAAGACUGUGGCGACGGCGUUGAAUACAAGAUCACAGAAGGUGAAUUCAAUGGUCGAUACUUUCAAGCCUCGUGCAAUCUUCAAACAUUUUCUUCUCCGAUUACACCAUACCACCAGUUCAUGACGCAAGUGUCCAAACUGAACCCAGAAGACACCAGAGGGGUUAAAAUACUAAAGUAUCUAGAUGUGGCGCCACGUCUCAAUUCUUACUGUGGUCUGUUCCAAUUACAGUCCUGUCUCAACCACUCCUGUACAAAUAACGUAGAAGUAAGCGAUGCUGAGAUUGAAGGUUAUGGCGGGGUCAAGGUCACCGCCAAGUCUGACGUCAAGGAAGGUGACGAGCUUUUCACCACAUAUAUUGAUACCAGCAUGCCGAGAAAAUUACGACGAGCUUGGCUCUUUCGGUCAUUCAAUUUUUGGUGCCACUGUCGGCGCUGUGAAUUUGAAGGAGAUGGACCAGAGACGUGCACCGAAUGUAAAAAGAAGGCGGACAAGAACACGCCAUUUCCCGCCUGCGGACAGUGUCACAGGGCGUGGUAUUGCUCCAUCCCCUGUCAGAAGUCGGCAUGGCGGAGGGGACAUAAAAAGAUAUGCAGAAAAACACAUUCAAAUUCAGCAGUAGUACCUAAAGAAGAAUCAGCUGAAUGACUUUGAGAAGCACAAAAUUGAUAUAUACCGGUACAUUGUAAAUGAUCACGAUACAUUUCGACUUGAAUGGAAAUUAUUUGGUCAAAAUCUUCAAAUAAAUUGUACACACAUUU